UUUUGCUAUCUGCACAGACGGCAAACCUCAUCCUAAUACUACUAGGCGUUCUUUGAAAUUUUACUCUAAAAACCAGUAUCUCCAUCGUAGAUCGUUAGGUCACCCUGUCCAGAUUGAGGGAUAAGAACUCCCGUCAACAUGGCGACAAGGAGUUUGACAGAAAUCUUCAUUUUGAUGCGGAACAAUGCCAGCCAAAGUCGGCACAUCUUCUCCGAGAAUGUUCCUGAUGAUCGGAUGGCUUUAGUCUCAGGUGUCUCUAAUGAUCCAGAUGCCGUCAUAGGUGCAACCAAGAUCUCCAUCCCACCAGAAUGGGUUGAUGCAGUGGAAGAGAUAUCCUACGAUACAACAAGAAUACAACAGAAGAUGAAGGAAUUAGCAGCCUUACAUGAUAAGCAUCUGACCAGACCAACAUUGGAUGACAGCAUGGAAGAGGAGCAUGCUAUUGAAAUUGCUACUCAAGAAAUCACACAGAUGUUUCAUAGAUGUCAACGAGCGAUACAAGCCAUCGGAGGCAAGAGUCGCUCAGCGUCGUCACAAGAACAGAAAGUCACUAAAAACAUCAUGGGAUCUCUAGCCGGCAGGUUGCAAGAACUCUCCAUCAACUUCAGAAAGUCACAGUCAAAUUAUCUAAAACGGAUGAAGAGUCGAGAGGAGAGAUCCAAACAUUUCUUUGAUACCAACCUUACUCCUGGUAGUGCAAUCAUGACAGAGGAGGAUAUCAUGGAGGAUGAUUUGCUGUAUGACAGGGGUUUUACUGACACACAGAUGCAGAUGGUUGAAGAGAAUGCAGCAUUUGUUCAACAGAGAGAGAAGGAAAUCAAUCAUAUUGUACAGUCUAUAGUAGAUUUAAAUGAGAUCUUCAGAGAUCUAGCUUCUAUGGUAGUUGAACAGGGUACAAUAUUAGAUAGAAUAGAUUACAACAUUGAAAAAACUGCGACCAAGGUUGAGCAAGGAUUGAAGCAACUCCAGAAGGCCGAGAAGUACCAGAAGAAGAACCGUAAGAUGCUGGUGAUUAUGAUCUUGGCUGUCAUCGUUAUCAUCAUGAUCAUCAUUCUCAUCGCCACCAAGUUCAGGUGAUACGGACUGCCUCACUCAGCUUGACAACAAGAAUUUCUCUUGCCAAAGUCAACAGCUAAGAAAUUAGCUUUGGAGUAUAUUGUAGUGCAUGUGAGAGACACUGUGAUCACCUUCGUCUGGUAUAUACUGCAGUUUCUUUCCAAGGACACAGUUUUUAACUUCAGAUGUCAAGCAGUUCUAAAAAUCAAACUCUUCAAGAGCACAGUGCAGUGAUGGGUUCUCUACUGGACUCAGACUGACUGGUUUAGUAAGCAUUCUUGCAAGGUUAAAAAAAAGAGGUGUUUGUGUUUGCUCUGCUGUGGGACGGCUUUGUGUAGACUCCUCUACAAGAUAAAAAUGCAGUGCUCUGACUGUUUGCCUGGAAAAGAGGCCACAUUGUCAUGUGCAGUUACGUGUAGUGACGUGAACCUCAGCUAAAAAGCUUGGCUGUGCUGUGGACUUCAUUCUAGAUGGGAUUUCCAUUGUUCCUGUCAUGAUCUCUCGUCACGGACCUGAGCAUGUCACCUGACAACCUGAAAGUUCCUGCCCUCCAAUACUG